AUGAAGUCUGGGAAGAAAUCCGGUUGGAGUUCUGGAUCUAGGGCAAACAUGUACCUCCCACUGGUGUCUUCGAAGACACCACACCUGUUUUUCUCAAUCUUGACGUUGAGGAGAGUCACAGACACCACACCUGAUUUUCUCUCUCUCUCUCUCUCUCUCUCUCUAUCUAUCUACCCCUACUACUCGACAACCACCCACCAUCCUUCGUCUUCUUUCUGGUUCACCAGCGCCACCAAUAAAGCCCCCAUUAUACCACCAACACAACAUACCACAAGAUUAAAGAAUGAAACAUUGGGUUUUUGUUUUGAAUCCCAGUUGAGAGAACCAAGAUUAUUGUUUCUAGAUGUCCUGAAUUGUGGUUUGCUUCAGGAUCAGCCUGAAAAUCUUUUGUUAGAUUCCCAAGGAAAUUUAAAGAUUUCAGAUUUUGGACAUAGUGCAUUGCCAGCAGAAGUAAGAUUUGAAUAUGUUGUUAUAGUAUCGUCCAUCAGGAUCAUCAUCAUUAAUUUAUGUGUCUGCAGGGUGUCAGUAUCCUUCGAACAACCUGUGGAACUCCCAACUAUGUUGCACCAGAGUAACUGGAAGGCAAUUCUUUGGGGACAUCAAUGCAGUUUGACACCUUUGGAUUUACUGCAGCAGAAGUGGCUAGGAAGCAGGUGUCUGAUUGAUGCUGAAAAUGGGAUGGCGUCGUGGUCACUCAAUAAAGAGUUCAAAAACUGGUUCACUUUUUGGAUGGUUCGUUGGGUGUCUCUACUUAUGAUGCUGAGAAGAACUGCAUGUGCCUCUUCGUAUCAUCAAAAUCAACCCCUUAUCAACCUGCAUGUGCCUCUUCGUGUCACCAUUGAAGCCAUGGCAAAGGCUUUUGGUGUCACAGUUGAUUUCAUUGAUCUGGGGAAACAGGGAGCUGUUACGAUUCAUUGCACCAGGGAAGCUUCAUUGCAAGAUCAACAAAGUAGCAGGUGUUUUGGAAACCAACCGCCCAGAUGCAAAGAAUGCUCUUUAUCAAAUCUUAGUAUAGUUAUUCUCCAAGAGUAG